AUGCUUCGUCUGAGCACUGCCAUUCCCUCUGACUCCAUGGCUUCACCUGAUUCUGGCUCUUCUUGGAAUCCCAUCAAGGACGAACCUGAACUGAAGCGUCUCCUUGGUGAAUUGGACAAUGUCAACACACACAAGGGCUUUGACCGUUGGAAGUCUUCCUUUCUGAGUGCCUUUGACUCCUUCUUGGACCGCUCUGAUGCUCAACAGCAAGCCGAUCGCGUGUACAACGAGUUCGGCGGAACCAUUCACAAGCUGAACAAGGUUAUUCAUCAACUGCAAGGUCACAUUACACGAGGAGAACUUUCCGAAGACGCUGCCACGGUCAAAGCACGCCGUUGCUUGUCCGAACUCAAGGCCGAUGCCACCGACGCCAGCGAUGGUUUGGCUACCUUUUUGCCCGGAUCCGGUUCGGACAAGAUCAAGACGUUUGGAUACACCAACUAUCACAUGGGAGCCAUCUUGAUCUCCAACGGCUUUUGUCUCUAUGGCAACCUCAAGGCGUGCGAUGACAUUCUCAUGGAAUACAAGCGUUUGCUGGCAGAAGUGGCCGACCGACAAAUCUUGGAUGUCAUUGCAAACUACCAUCACAAGCUUCAGGUCUUUUGCGAGGUCAUGGCCGACCUGGGACUCUACAAUGUCAUGAUGAAAGCACAAGAGAUCCUCUCGCUGCCGCCUGAAAAGGAACAAGAACCUGAUGAAGAUGGCACGGACACUACCGAUGAAGAAGAAGCGGGCAACUUUCCCUCGGAGGAAGAACUGGACCAACUCUUUCCUGCUGUUGUCGAGGAAGAAGAACCAGAACCAGAAAAGGUAGAGGCUCCGGCCCUUGCCCCAGUACCAAGACGCAGUGCCAGACCCAAGCCUCAGUUGCCUGGUAUGGCCAGACCGGCCCGAAAAUCGGCUGUCCUCCGCUUCAGUACAACGCAAGCAGAAGAGUUGGCCAACGCCUUGCUCGAUGACGACCUGGACGAUGACGACCUGAUAGACGACGAGGAUCGCUUCGACCAAGCCGUGGCGGCUGCCAAGAAACGAACGGCGCCAGCCUUCAAGCGCACCAAUACGGCUCCAGCCAGGCCGCGACCAGGAGGACGCAUCAAGCGCAAUACCAUUGCUGCUGCUCCAAGACGCAAGCCUGCUUGCCCAACUUCACCCAAACGUAUCUCGGCGCCAGAGAAUUUGGCCGAGGCAGCAGCAAGCGCCACAAAGGCUGUUGAACCAACCACACCAACACCGGUCGAGGCUGUUGAAGUAAACGAGCCAACGCCUGUCAAGGCUGCUGAACCAACCACACCAACACCGGACGAGGCUGUGGUUGGUUCAACCACACCAACGCCUGUCAAGGCUGCUGAGCCGGCCAAGCCUGCAACAACAACACCAGUCAAGGCUGCUGAACCCACAACACCAACACCGGUUGAGGCUGCUGAACCGACAACAGCAACACCGGUCGACGCUGCUGUCGAGCCAACCAAGCCUGCGACACCACCACCGGCCAAAGCUGCUGAACCAACCGCACCAAAACCAGUCAAGGCUUCCAAGAGACUCUCCAUGCCAGUCGCUGCUCCGAGGACUCCAGUCAAGUCGCCGCAACCCCCCGCUUCAUUGAGGGCAUCAACGGGCAGUGCCCCGCCUUCUGCUGCGAUUGAGCAAAAGAGUGACCAUCAGCCUACAUCACCCAAGCGUGUCUCGGAUCCAACUCCUCUCUCGCCCAGGAGAAGUCCCAAGAGUGCCCCAGCACCAACGUCUCCGGUCUCACCAAAGGAGACUCCCAAGAGUGCGGCCCAAGAACCAACUUCACCCAAACGCGUCUCUGACCCUGCUCCACUCUCGCCCAAGGAGAGUCCCAAGAGUGCCCCAGCACCAACAUCUCCGAAGCGUGUCUCAGACCCAACACCACUCUCGCCAAAGAAGAGCCCCAUGGCCAAGCGCAACACUAUGCUGCCCACCACCAAACCAAGGACACCAACCACCCCCAAACGAAGUAGUACCAUGCCAAAGUUGAAUACAAAGGCCAAGUCGCCUCCCAAGACUCCCAAGAAGAGCGCGGCAGAUGCGCCGUUGAAGAGAGCCGCAACCGCUAGUCCCAAGCUUUCGAACGAAGCCCAGAAGAAGCCCGAACGGGGCCUUCGCCGCAAUGUCACCAUUGCAGCUCCGGAGAAUGCUACCGAUGAGAAACCGGUGGAGUUGAUGGAGGACAGAUCGGAGCGAAGUACCAGGUCAACCCGCGGACGACGAGCCAGCAUGACCCCAAAAGUUUGUCUGGAUAAUGACGAUGAUUUUGCCGCAGCAGCAGCCGCGGCAGAGGCAAGGGACUUGAUGGGGAGUCAAUCCGAGCGAUACACUUCAACGCGCCGACGCAAUGUCAAGCCUCUUCCCUUCGACCUCAUGGAACCAGCCGUGGAAGAAGAGGAAGAACCGAAUGAUCCCUUGUUGGGCUCUGUCCGAAGACCCAUGAACGAUGACGACGACACCAACAGCAACAAUGACAACGAAGAUCACAGCGAGGAUUCGAUGGAUGCACCCGAACGCGGCACCGGCAAGCGAAGCCUUGCGCGAGCCCUGACCAAACGGCUCGGUCGGAAGAAAAAGGAUGCUGCUGCAGUGGACCCCGUCGAUGAAAAUGGCAACGAUGGCAACGACGUCAUGACUGAUGCUGUUUCGGAACGGUCUGCAAGAACCAGUCGGCGUAACAAAAAGUUGUUCAAGAACAUGUUCCGUCGCUCCAACACCACUCCCCCAGAAGCAGCAGCUUGGCCCGAGGAGGAAGACGACGCCGACGUCCCCACAGCGAUGCCCAUGCCAGCAAAGAAGCCCGAUCUAAAAGCAGCUCCUGUCGAACCACCCACCAAGAGCAAAAAGGGCGAGAAGCCCAAGCCAGCACGCCCCUUACCCGAAAGCGUGGAAUUGAAUGCAAAAAAGCAGCCAACCAAGCGAACGGUCAGUGACAUGUCCAAGGCAAGCAAUCACAGCAAGACCAAGAAAAAGAGUGAAGACAGCGGUGCCAUUCGCAAGCAUGUUCUGACAGUCACAUUGAUCGAAGCACCAGACGGCUCCUUUCAACCUCGCAUGGUGAUUGUUGGGCAUGAUGACCUCCCAGUAGAUGAAAUCGAUCCCAAUAUGGGCAGCACUCUCGAAGACAGCGUCGUGAUGAAGCACAUCUUGAAGGCUUUGAAGAAUCCAGAAGACUACGACAUGUCAUGUUUCCUGAAUGCUGGAAAGUAG